UCACCUCGGUCGGGAAGCGCAAUCAAUCGGCGAUUUCUGUAUUAGCAAACAUGGCGCGCGGGAGUAGUGCUGGUUUUGACAGGCAUAUCACGAUCUUUUCGCCGGAAGGCCGGCUUUACCAAGUAGAAUACGCCUUCAAAGCCAUCAAUCAAGGUGGCCUGACGUCAGUAGCCGUCAAAGGGGACGGGACGGUCGUUUUCGCGACACAGAAGAAAGUGCCCGACAAGUUGCUCGAUGCCUGCAGCGUCACCCAUGUAUUUCAGCUGACCGAGUACAUCGGUUGUGUCAUGACUGGUAUGAUAGCCGACAGCAAGUCCCAAGUGCAACGCGCGCGAUACGAAGCGGCUCAUUUUAAGUAUAAGUACGGCUACGAGAUACCUGUGGACGCUCUGUGCCAGCGUAUCGCCGACAUUAGUCAAGUUUACACGCAGAAUGCGGAGAUGCGACCCCUCGGGUGUUCCAUGAUGCUCAUCGCUUACGACAAAGAGAAAGGUCCGUGCAUCUACAAGGCCGAUCCGGCGGGAUAUUUCUGCGGUUAUAGAGCCAUUUCCGUCGGGGCGAAGCAAACGGAAGCUAAUUCCUAUCUCGAGAAGAAAUUGAAGAAGAAACAGAAUUACGAUUACGACGAGACCAUACAGCUAGCCAUUACUUGUCUGUCUACGGUAUUGUCUGUAGACUUUAAACCAACGGAAAUUGAAGUGGGAGUUGUAUCGAAGGACAAUCCCAAAUUUCGCAUACUGACCGAGCAAGAGAUUGAUAAACAUUUAACCGCAAUCGCCGAAAAGGAUUGAUAAUAUUGUAACACAAUUCAUAAGAAAUAAACAUGUCCUGCUUAAUACAAUUUUUUUUUACUUAAUAUAUUUAACGGAUUAUGUAUAAGAUUAGGAAUUCGUGCAGAAUAAAAUUCAUCGAGCGUUACUUAAUAAA